GAUGGAGAGCGGAUGAUACUGUAUACCGUCUAUCGUUAAACUCUUUCAGCUGUUAUUCCGCGCAGCUGCGUUUUUACAGCUGCAUCGCUAACCUCUUGUCGCUACAACUCGAAGGACCUGCCAUUACGAUGAUAUUCUUGUCAUCCAAAGCUCUUUAUCACGUUGGACUUCUUGUGUGUGGUGGUAGGUAAAAUCAAACUUAUUUAGUUAGUUCUCAGAGAUGGACAUGGAUUCUCCAGCCCCUCCUCAGUGCGUGCUGGAGUCAUUGGACAGGAAUGCCGCGGCAUCCGAAGGCAACUCUGAAUAUUUACAGUCUGUUAGUAGCGAAUCGAGCUCAUUCAUCAUGGUUCAGCCCAAAAAUCGUCUCGAAGUGCCAUCUAAGUUGUGGGUGACAGCGGUGGUGGUCAUCGUGAUUGUCCUGCAAGUUGCGUCGACCACAGGACUCUUCAUAUACUUGAACAUGUCAAUGGCACAGGCACGGACGCAAGGUGUGGUGGAGGAGCUGAGAUGUCUUGGUCUUCUGAAUGCUUUGGAGAAAGAACAGGAUGUACCUGAUGACCUGGUCCAGCUCUUUGGCGAACCAUGCAUUAAACUGGCUGAAGGACUCAAAGCCUACAUCUCCAAGGUCACAGAAACCAUAAUCUCCAAACACACCUUUCAAGAAAGAGUUGCUAUCCCACCACGUACAAAAUUACUCACCACUGGCAGCCCACGGCCGUCAGCUCAUCUUACUCUCAGAGACAGUGGACUGCAGGGUACGACAUCCUUAACCCCUCAGACCGACCUUCACCAGUCCUGUCGCCAUCCCGUUCGUUCCUGGGGGAACCAAAGUUUUGGCUCCCACCUGCACAACAUGACCGUGUCCAACGGACACCUGCGUAUCCCCCGCGCAGGCCGCUACUACCUGUACGCCCAAGUCUACUUCCGUUAUCUAACCCUCUCGGCCGACAAUUACCACUCAGGCUCUGUCAGCCACCAGGUGGUGCAGUGCGUCUACAAGAAGACUGCUUACGCCCGCCCUAUUCAACUCCUGAAAGGUGUGGGUACCAAAUGUUGGUCUCCAGACAGCGAGAACGCCCUUCACUCUAUCUACCAGGGAGGCUUGUUUGAACUUCGUGCGGGUGAUGAGAUCUUCAUCUCCGUGUCUUCUCCCACAGCUGUAUACGCAGAGGACUCCUCCAGCUACUUUGGGGCCUUCCUGUUUGACCUCUGAGGAACGCUGUUGGGGCUUGUGGUCUCAUUCUAAGGGAAAGGAAAUUGUUCCUGAUGGAAAGCCUCACGUGGGAACUGUGAAGCACAAAUAAUCCACCAUUUAAUGGGCUCAAAAGACCAAUCCACUCAAUAAAACAUCUAGUUAUUGUGGUCUGAAGACUAUUUGACCUUCAUAAGCUGAAUUUUAAGAUUCAGUAGAGUGUUAACUCUGGAGUGCUAUCUAAAUGAGCAUAUCUGUGAGGGCUUUGUGAAGACGUUUCUUAGAAAGAAAACCUGAAAAUGAGGAUUAUGACCUUCACUAUUUAACCACAUGAAAAGCCUAAAUAAGUUGUUAAAAUUAAGACUUACCUUUAACAAAUGCACAAAACUUUGUGCACCCAAACCAUGCCAGAUUAACACUUUCCAACUCUUUUUUUUAUGUUAGACUGUUUGUGUUGUUCAUUCUUUUCUACAAAAGACAAGAAGUCUGGGGCAGUGUGAGCAAUCAUGGACCAGAUGUCUCCAGAUAAUUAAAGGAAACUUUUGGGGAAAUGCUAUGCCACACAUACAGCA